GCAGUGCCGCCUUGCAACCAUCCGCUGCGGUGUCUGCGGUGUGGGUCCGUCAGCUGAAAAGCCUUGACGGCAAGGAGUUCAUUGGCAAUGCGUUUCAGGUCAAAGGUGUCUUGGCAAACGCAGUGGACGACCUCAAAGAAGCCAUGCGCUCAGAAGCGGGUUGGCAGGUCCGUUAUUGUUUGGGACUCGCACUCUGA